CUCAGGGGGUGGGUGUCAACCUAUGGGUGAUAACGCGCCAAAUUUCAAAGGCGCGCUUCCUUCCUCUGGUUUCCCGCCGUAGUCGCGAUCAGAGUGGCCCAGCUGGUAACGGCGGCUCGGUGAGCGCAGUGACGUCACGCUCUAUUUCCCCCAACUUAUUGCGCCUCACACGGGAAGUGUUUGCAAGGUGGAGAUUUGUGUGUGUGAGAAGUAUCUCUACUGCAAUAGUAGGGGGCUGAGGAUUAUGAUGAGUCGGAUUAGCUUUAACUGAACUACGUCCUGUGCUGUCCAAGGGCCUUGUGUUGCUGAGAGAAUUCGUAGACAUGGCUCUUGUGUGCGAGGUUUAGGGCUGCUUUUUAGCACUAGAUAAGGAUCUUGAGGCACGCAUACAAAUAAACUGUAUGUAUUAGAAGGGGAUAUAACAGGUAGUGUGUUCAUUGUGGGUGAGAGACACAGCCAAGGUAGUGGGGGAAGUGUGUCAGAAGACUGGCAGAGGCUGCCAUGGUAGGGUCAGAAGUUGUACUCGCACAGGUACAGCCCUGUUUCCAGCUUUUGCGCAUGGGCUCAAGCCCUGGCCAGUCCAGCCUACACACAAAUAGCACAGUGGCCAGGGACUUGUAUACUUUCCUGCCAGACUCACCGUGUUGCAUCUACCGGCUGGGAGCCCGUCACGACUUGUGCGAUGUCCCCCUCCCUGGAAAACCAGCCGUCCAUGCGGAAAUCCACGCUGAGCGGGAGCUCUCGGGCGACUGGAAGGUUAAAUUGGAAAGCUGCACUAACUUUGGUAUAUUCAUCAAUGAUGUUCAUCUUUUGCGAGGGCAGGGAUUGGAACUUUCAGAUGGUGACCUCCUCCGCUUCCAAGAGAAACCAGAUGUUUCCCCUUGUCCAUCAUCUUCUUCUGACACAUACUUCCUCUUCCAGCGUGUUCGAGUGUGUCCCUUGGACUUUUCCGCCAUCACUUCCCCGCGUGCUCGGUCCUCUUUUCCUGGUUUUACCCCAGUUUUAGCCACACAGAGACUUAGUGGGGGACGAGGAGGGUCACCUCACUACACUACUGGAGCCACUGUUAUACUGAAUUCUAUUGGCAGCAUUAGUAAAAUGAAACGUGAAAAAAUGCAGGGCAUUGGGCUCAUGGGAGGAGCAGUGGAGCUAACCAAACCAUCCACACCAGAUCUUCCUUUACCCUCUCGCACAGGGGUUGAGAGGAGGCACAGCCGGAGAAAAGCACAGCAUCAAGUACUUUGUGAAUUAGAAGAGGAUGAAGAAGAUGGGCAGGUAGAAGUAGGAGAAAUGAAGAAGAGGAAAAGAGGGAGAAGGAAAGAAGAGAAAAAAAUCGUUAAUCAUGAGCAGACGGGAAGGAAACCACGUGGACGGCCAAGGAAGCACCCCAUCCCUACUCCUGUGAUGUCCCAGACAGUGUCCAUUGCAGAGCCUUGUGCUUGGCGUUCAUGCUGCCUUCCACAGGAAGAAACAGUCAGCUGGGUUCAGUGUGAUCACUGUGAUUCAUGGUAUCACGUUGUGUGCAUUGGUCAAAGUCUGACCUCUCUGCAAGACACAGAAUUCCACUGUGGCUGCACGUAGCCAUUGAGAGGCACAAAAUGUGCCUUCCUUUGUUUUUUGUCAUUUUGGAUUGUUUCCCCAUCCCUCCUUACCGUACCAACCUGUUUCUUCUUGUAAUGCAAGGUAAAAUACCUGUCAGCAUUAUAUUAGAAAUUAUUCUUCAGCCUAAA